GUAAGCAGGGCAGUGUUUACAUCACUGUCUAAUGUAUUUUUGGGAUAUUCUUGGAUUGCUCGUUUUCAGUUAAGCAAUAAGGAUAACCUAAUAUGUUUUAAUAGUUAUGCUGUUACCUGCAUGAAGGAGAAUGCUUUUGCUAGAGAUGGGAAAAGGAAGACAAAGGCGCAGAUGGCAGUGUUGCUGCAUAGCUCUUCGCUUCUCUUUGUUUUUGUGCUUCGGAAUAGAGGUUUCUGCUCAGAUACGGUAUAAUAUUCCAGAGGAAGUUAAAGAAGGUUCCAUUGUGGGAUAUGUUGCUAAAGAUCUUGGCCUCGAUGUUAGUACUUUGGUGGAUCGACGGUUCCGCAUCGUUUCUGGAUCUAAGGAUGCAUUUUUCCAGGUAAACCAGGACAGUGGUGGCUUGUUUGUUUAUAAGAAAAUCGACAGAGAGGAAAUGUGUGAUGGCAGCAACUCCUGCUCAGUGAAUCUGAAGCUGGUCGUUGAAAACCCUCUCGAGGUCCAGCACGUAAGUGUAGACAUAACAGAUGUCAACGAUAAUGCCCCUGUUUUUUCUGAAGUAGAGCAGAAAUUUGAGAUAGCGGAGCAUACGCCCACUGGCACGCGUUUCCAGAUACAGGCUGCGCGCGACGCAGACACGAGAGUAAACAGCGUCAAAUUGUAUAAUCUGAAUCCGAACUAUUAUUUUGAAAUUGAGACAAAGGAUAGGGAUGAGGAAAAAAUACCAGUUUUAGUACUGAAGAAACCACUAGAUCGGGAAAGCAGAGCUGAACAUAGAUUGCUUGUUACUGCGGUUGAUGGUGGAAGUCCACCACGAUCAGGGACUCUUAAUGUUACUAUAACUGUUCUUGACAUCAACGAUAAUCGCCCUGUGUUUAGUCAGGACCAAUAUUCUGUAACACUUCACGAAAACGCUCCAGUCGGCACCAUGGCGAUAAUGAUUAAUGCGACAGAUAUGGAUGAGGGCGCAAACGGUGUCGUAGAAUACACGUUUGGCAGAAACAUAAAGCGUAAAAUGCAUGAUAUUUUUAAACUGGACAGCAUAACAGGUGAGAUUUCAGUAAAAGGCUUACUGGAUUUCGAAGACACUGAGGUUUACAAGCUAGAUGUACAGGCCACAGAUAAAGGUCAGCCACCAUUGGCAUCGGAGUCCAUCGUAAUAAUAAGGAUUCAAGAUAUAAACGACAAUUCUCCUGAAAUAGAAGUGACAUCCCUUUCCAGUGUCAUUCCUGAGGACUGUAAACAGGGGACUGUUAUUUCACUCAUCAGUAUUACAGAUAAAGACUCAGGUAUUAAUGGCAAAGUAUUAGCCAGCAUUCCGGAUAACAUUCCCUUCGAGUUGAAACCGUCAUUUCAAGAAAAUAUGUAUUCUCUGGUAACCAAGGAACGACUAGACCGAGAGCGCAAAUCUUAUUAUGACAUCAGCAUAACAGCUACAGACUUGGGAACUCCUCAGUUAUAUGCCAUUAAGACGUUGACUGUACAAAUAUCAGAUGUUAAUGAUAAUAACCCAACAUUCACUCAGAAUCCUCUCGAACUCUACUUGGCAGAAAAUAACGGCGCAGGUGAUUCGAUAUUCUCUGUGACCGCCACUGAUAAGGACGAGAAUGAAAACGCCAUGAUUACAUAUCACAUAAUGAGGGGAGUAGCGUCUGGGAACGAUGUAGCGUCAUUCCUAAAUAUUAAUUCUGAAACAGGAGUUAUUCAUGCGCUCAAAAGUUUUGACUUCGAAAAUAUCAAAAUGUUCCAGUUCCACGUUCUCGCUACAGAUUCUGGAACUCCACAACUAAGAACCAACGCAACAGUAAAUGUGUUCAUUCUGGAUCAGAACGACAACGUUCCAAUGAUCUUAUAUCCAGUCAGCUCUAAUGGAUCUGCCGAAGGCGUGGAGGAGGUUCCACGCAAUGUGAACGCAGGACAUUUGGUGACUAAAGUGAGAGCCUAUGAUGCAGAUAUAGGAUACAACGGUUGGUUAUUAUUUUCACUGCAGGAAGUGAGUGAUCACAGUCUAUUUGGUUUGGACCGAUAUACUGGACAGAUAAGGACCCUCCGCUCAUUCACAGAAACGGACGAGGCUCAGCAUAAACUGGUCAUACUGGUCAAAGACAAUGGCAACGUUUCCCUUUCAGCAACAGCGACUGUGAUAAUCAAAGUUGUGGAGCCCAAAGAGGCUUUUGCUGCUUCUGAUGAUAAAAUCGCACAAAAAGAAGAAGAGGACAAUGGCGUUACAUUUUAUCUUAUCAUCACUUUGGGCUCCGUGUCCUUUCUGUUUGUCAUAAGUAUCGUCGUUUUGAUUGUAAUGCAGUGCUCCAAAUCUACAGAAAUUUCCUCCAAGUAUUUACAAGACACAAAUUAUGAUGGGACCCUGUGCCACAGCAUCCAGUACAGAUCAGGAGAUAAAAGCUACAUGCUAGUUGGACCCAGAAUGAGUAUUGGUUCUUCUACCGUUCCGGGCAGUAAUGGGAAUACACUAGUGGUACCAGAUCGCAGGAGUAGAGCAUCUACGGAGGUAAGAGAAAAAGAAACAUUUAAAUUAGGCUACUAUUUGGAAAAGUGGAGUUGCAUAUUGUUUUCGUGCAUUUACAAUGCACUUAUCAGAAAAAAAUAA